AGUAGAGUUAGCGGAGUGUAAAACUGAGACUCGCGCACUUUUGACUUAUGAACACAUUAAUAGAAUAAAUGUAAAGUUUAUGUGAUUAAUAAUAAACGCUGUGUGAUUAUAUUGAACAGUAAAUAAACGCUGUCGCUGAUGUAGCAGCCGGACUGUAGCGGAGUAAAGAUGCUGCAGUGUGUAGCGAUGCUGAUUCUCUCCAUCACUCAGAUCUUCAUCUUAACCUUCAUCAGCCUGGAGCCGGUGGAGUCUGUGAUAUCAGCGUACUCGGGUGAUAAUAGCACAGACAGAUUUGAUGAUCUUCCUGCACGGUUCGGAUACAGACUGCCCACCCAAGGAAUAAAGGGCUUCCUGAUCGAGGCUCGGCCCGAGAACGGGUGCGCCCCCAUCGAUCCUCCACCGCUCGCCGGGAACGGGAGCAGCAGCUUCAUCGUCCUCAUCAAACGCUACGACUGCAACUUCGACAUCAAGGUUCUGAAUGCUCAGAAAGCAGGUUACAGAGCAGCCAUCGUUCACAAUGUGGACUCUGAGGAUUUGGUCAACAUGGGCUCUGACGACUUGGAUGUGGUGAAGCAGAUUAACAUUCCGUCAGUGUUUAUCGGCGCCGAAGCUGCUCAGUCACUUAAAUCGGAAUACAGCUACGAAAAAGGAGGUCAUGUGAUCAUAAAACCAGAUUUCAGUUUGCCGUUGGAGUAUUACCUGAUCCCGUUUCUCAUCAUCGUGGGAAUCUGUCUGAUCCUUAUCGUCGUUUUCAUGGUUACAAAGUUUGUUCAGGACCGACACCGAGCCCGACGGAGCCGACUACGCAAAGAUCAGCUGAAGAAACUCCCGGUUCAUAAAUAUAAGAAAGGUGAUGGUUACGAUGUGUGUGCGAUCUGCCUCGACGAUUAUGAGGACGGAGAGAAGCUGCGCGUGCUGCCCUGUUCACACGCUUACCACUGUAAGUGCGUGGACCCCUGGCUGACGAAGACGAAGAGGACCUGCCCCGUGUGCAAACAGAAGGUGGUCCCUGCAGGGGCGGGGUCCGACUCGGACUCGGACAGCGCGGGCGACGAGGAGGACGAGGUUUCGGAGAGCACGCCCCUACUGCGCUCACACCCGCCGUCCCGCCGCCUCUCCAUCGCCAGCUCACGCUCCGCCUCCACCGGCCCGCCCGACUGCACCGACUCCGAUUCCUACCUCAGCGAGGACGGGGAGGAGGCGGUCACCGUGGAAACGGUGGUGGUGCUGCAGCAGGAGCAGCCUACUAAUGAUGUCAUCAACGCCUAAUCAGGACUGUUGAGUGAUGUCAUAACACACACACACACACACACACAAACAGGCUAAAUGUGUUAACCUGGGCACUUUUGGUCUGAUGUCGGGAGGGGUGAGGGGGUGAUAAGGAGUCCAGUGAUGUGUGGCAAAUUAAUGAUGUAAUGUAGGAUUAGAAUGUACCAGUUUAUGCAAAAGUUUGUGCACCCCCAAUCAACCUUCACAUUCUGUUAAGUCCAUAAGUGAACACGGCCUCUACAGGCAUCAGACUAGCACCCACACCCUCUGACAUGCUUGCACUCACGCACAGCAUCGGGUUCCCUGAAAGAGCCACGCCGCGUACUGGGAGUCGCCGCCACCGAUCAUGUGGGCGGUGCUGCGGUGGCGUAUUAGACCGCUUAAUUCAAACAAACGCAAAAACGGCGACAUUUGUAAAUCUUAUGAUGGCAGAUUGGCAGCGAACCCACAACCUUCUGAGCUGAUACAGUAAGCCAGCACUUAAGAGAGUGCCCAAGUAUUUUGCCAUGCACAGUGGGAAAUAGGGCGGUGAUAGCUCAGUGGUUAAAGUACUGGAAUAGUAAUCAGAAGGUUGCCGGUUCAAGCCCCACCAUCACUAAGUUGCCACUGUUGGACCCCUGAGCAAGGCCCUUGACCCUCAAUUGCUCAAAUCGUGUUCAGUCGUAAUUGUGAGUCGCUUUGGAUAAAACGACCUUAUAGUCACAGCCACAGGUGUCCACAUAUUUUUGGAUGAUUGUCGUCAUCUUUCGACUUAACGGGCACAAAUUUCCAUACACAGACACACUUCAAAGUCUUCUGUGAAGCUUCACGGCUUCUGAACCGAUCACGCAGCGGUUCGCUCUGUUUUAAUACAAGCUCACGGUCAGGUGUCCAAACACUUUUGGUCAUUUAGUGUAUAUGUUACUGAAUCCAUAUCACAAUAAUCACAAGAGUUUUAUCAGUAGCCACUUCAUCCCGGUCAGGGUCGCCACAGGUCCGGUUCCACCAGGCACCACUGGGUACGAGGCAGCCGCCCAGCCGACCGCUAGCAUAACAGACCGCCACGCCACGCUAGCACCUUCUAUACUCACUAUACACUAUAUACUAACCACUGUUCCUGCGUAGUGUCUCGUUAUUAUCAGCACUUUGCUCGUUUGCACUAUCAGUAAUUUAAAUCUUUAUCAGCUUUUUAACAAGUCGGUGAUUAUUUUGCCAAAUGGGUUUUUUUUUAUGAAGCCAAAAUGUGUGAUUGUGCGACAUUAAAUGAUUAUUGUGUCAGUUCUGGACUGGAAUCCUGAUCACACACUCGUCAGUGUUUUUCAGAUUAUCAGUGUGUGUGUGUGUGUGUGUGAAUGUUUGGUCGUUAAACGUACGUUUGUGCCGCCGAACCCGGAUUCCCUUUGCAGCAUGGAUGUUCACUCCACUCUGUUACUGAUCAUAAUAGAACACACGCCCAUAUAAAUAGGGCCAGACUGACUGUCGAGAGCUGAAAGCUGCUGGAAUGGGCGUGUCACCGCCCAUAGUCGAGUGAGCUUCACCUCACUUCGCCGUCAGCUCAUAGGCUGCUGGCCAAGAAUGAAGCCUUGAUGACGGUCACAUGAACAAAUAACAAAAGCCCAUGGCUCUGACGAGCUUGCUUGACCGUGGACAGUGUCACGCCUGCUCCAGCAGCUUCUAAUUUACACUCUAAGUUGCUGAAUGGAUAUUUUGACCCGGCAGCUUUUUUUUCUAGACAUCCCAUAAUAAUUAGGUAGAAGAAUUUACAUUUAUUUGAUGUUUUGCUCUGUUUACAAUUUGUUAAAAAUCCCAAGACUGCUGUGACAAAACUGUCCUUCGAGUUCGUCUGUAACACCGCAGUGCUCCCGGAGUGAGAUCUCCAGCCCUAGGGUUCCAACCUCAGCUCUGCUAUCAGCCGGUCGGGCGCCUAACCCUAAUGCCUGGUUCACACUACACGAUUCUUGCCCUGAUUUUUCGCUCGCCGACUGGUCGGCGCUAGAUUUGCCGGCACGGGAGCAACUCUGCGUUCGGCCGACUGGCAAUUAGUGCGGUGACGAACAGCCAAUGAGAACGCAAGAUACGGGGUGAGGGGAAACGCAGGGGAGGAGUGUAAAAAGGUGGAUAGAUGGAGUAAUGUGUGACCCCCCCCAUCACCGAUCAGUCGUGUACUGUGAAAACCACACUGACCUGAAAGACUCCCGAUUACAAGAGAUCCAGGCGUGUAGUGUGAACUUGACAUAACCCUACACGAUUGGCUGCGUGCCUGAGGGACGACUGAAACAGGGUUCAGGUAAAAACGGUGGGUUGUUUUCUUUUAUCAGAUUAUAACUCAGCAUCGUUUGUAUCGUCAGUUUUCGGGUCCUCUCAUUUUCCCUGCGUGUUCACACGCACCACCGAGCUGGUAAACUGGAGGUAAAUAUUGUGGGUAAAUGUGAAAGGGGUUCGUGUUUAUGUGACUGUUACUCUUCUGCUGCUGCUUUGUUUUUCACUUCUGCACCGUCUGUACGUCCGUUCCUUAAUAAAUAAUGAUUCUGUUA